ACACAGUCCCCUACUCUCUAUACACACCCACGCACUCUCUCACUAGACCCAAACCUCACUCCACCACCACCACUUUCUCUCUCUAACUUUCCCCCUCCCUCUCUCCUUUCCUCUUUCGCUGCAAAUUUCAGAGCGGGGAGGAGACAGCCGCGUCAGAUUACAUAUCGAGUCGUCGUCGAGAUUCGCGCCUUGGGAAAAAAAAUCAUAAAGAAACGACGAGAGGGGAAGAUCUUCAGCGGGUCAGGAAGUGAUUUAAAGCAAAGGCGGCGACAAUUUAUUAUUCCCUCUCUGCUUGCAGACUGUUAGAGAGAGAAAGCAGAGAGAGAGAGGUGAGAGUGGGGUUUGGUUUAUUCAUUAAAAUCCUCUGAAAAAUCGAUUCUUUCUGCAUUUUUUUUAUUUUUCGGGUUGUGGGUUAGAGAGGGAAACAAGAGAGACAGCGCAUGGUUUAUUCAUAAAAUCCUCUGAAAAUUCAAUACUUUGUCCAACUUUUUUAUAUUUUGGGUUGUGGGUUUUUGCGAUUGGGCGGAAAUAGUUGUGGGUUUUGUGUAAGAAGCGUCAUCAAUGUCAUCACAAAGGCUUGGGAAACGAAUGCGGAGGGCGCAAAGGUCGAGGCUUUUGCGAUAAGGGCAGGGACAGUGCUUGUCUCGUUUCAAACGUUUAUGGUCUGCUGAUUGCGUGUUUUAGAGAGAGGGACAGGAGAGAGAGCAAGGGAAGAAGGAGACGGCAUUUCUGGUCUCGGAGUUUGGUUUUGUCCUCAAGGGCGGAGAGGGGUUUUGUCUCUCUGUUCGGCUGAGAGUUCCUCAGGACCCGCCAUUUGAGAGAGAGAGAGAGAGAGAGAGAGAGAGAGAGAGAAAGAGAGAGAGGGAGGGAGGAGAGAGAAGGUUGGCAUUGACGCAGCUUGAGAAGAAACGGAACGGAGUCUAUAAUCUCCGUGGAGGAGUUGGACUUCGUUUGUACGUCUUUGGUGCUGUAAUUUCUGGUGGCUAAGAAGGGUAUUUUGGCACAAAAAUGAAGUUUAUGAAGCUGGGGUCCAAGCCUGAUGCAUUUCAGGCUGAUGGCAAGUCUAUCAGAUAUGUGUCAUCUGACUUGCAAACAGAUGUUGUUAUUAAUGUUGGGGAAGUGAAGUUUUACCUUCACAAGUUCCCUCUCUUGUCCAAGAGCAAUCGCCUGCAAAAACUAGUAUCUAAAGCCAACGACGAUUCUGAAGAAGUUGACAUGGUUGAUUUUCCUGGUGGGCCAAAAUCCUUUGAAAUUUGUGCAAAGUUUUGCUAUGGAAUGACUGUUACUCUGAACGCUUACAAUGUUGUGGCUGCUCGUUGUGCUGCUGAGUAUCUGGAGAUGACCGAGGAUGUUGAUCGCAGUAACCUAAUAUACAAAAUUGAUGUGUUCCUUAACUCAAGUAUCUUCCGUAGCUGGAAGGAUUCCAUUAUUGUACUACAAACCACCAAAUCUCUUCUGUCAUGGUCUGAGGAUCUGAAGAUUGUCGGAAGAUGCAUAGAUUCAAUUGCUUCUAAAACGUCUGUAGACCCUACUAACAUCACCUGGUCCUAUACGUAUAACCGAAAACUAGCAGAGCCUGAUAAAAUUAUUGAAGAAGGGAUGAAUUAUCGAGAAAAAAUUGAAAAAGUUCCAAGGGAUUGGUGGGUUGAAGACAUAUGUGAGUUGGAUAUUGAUCUCUACAAGCGAGUUAUGAUUGCUGUGAAAUCGAAGGGAAGAAUGGAUGGCACUGUUAUUGGGGAGGCUCUGAAGACUUAUGCAGUUAGAUGGUUGCCAGAUUCUGUUGAUGCACUGGUUUCAGACGAACACGCCUUGAGGAACAAAUCUCUGGUAAAAACAAUUAUUUGCUUAUUGCCGUCUGACAAAGGUAUGGGUUGUUCAUCAAGUUUCUUGUUGAAACUUUUGAAAGUUUCUAUUUUGGUUGGAGCAGACGAGUCGUUGAGGGAGGAGCUGGUGAAGAGGAUCAGUUUGAAGUUGCAUGAAGCUUGUGUCAGUGACUUGUUGAUCCCCGCUCGAUCUCCUCAGAUUACUAUAUAUGAUGUUGAGUUGGUUCAGUCUGUUGUGAAUCAGUAUGUGAUGCAUGAAAAGUAUAAGUGGGAUUUGGAUUUUGUCGAGAAGAAUGAAAAGGGGACAGAUACUUUUACGUUGUUGAGUGUUGGUAGACUGGUUGAUGGGUAUCUUGCGGAAAUUGCACAUGACCCAAACCUUAACCUCAGUAGUUUCGUAGAGUUGUCCCAAUCAAUUCCCGAGUCAGCACGGCCAAUUCACGAUGGGUUGUACAAAGCCAUCGACAUCUACCUGAAGGAGCACCCUAGUUUAACAAAGGCUGAAAGGAAAAGAAUAUGCGGAUUGAUGGAUGUCAAGAAACUUACAGUAGAGGCAUCCAUGGAUGCUGCACAGAACGAGAAGCUCCCACUCCGAGUUGUUGUUCAAGUUCUCUUCUUUGAGCAGGUAAGAUCUGCAGCUAGCGUUCGAGCCCUUAACAACCAUCCCAGUGACACUUCACUUUCCACGACAAAUAUGGACGAAGAACGCAACAAGACAGCAGAAGAAAACUGCAAGCCUCUGGGAAAACAGAUGAGCCAAAUGAAGGUAACCGAAGAGUUCCAGAAGAACAUGAAACUUGGCAAGAAGAGCAGCAAAAACAGCGCAAGUGGUUCGCAGUUGCUGCCAUCUAGGUCAAGGAGAAUCUUCGACAAAUUGUGGUCUGUGGGGAAGGGGCAUGUAGAGAACAAGAGCUCGGAGACAUCCGGGAGUUCUCAUAGUCCAACUUCGAAUGUUCCUGGCGAUUCAAAGUCGGUUUCAAGACACCGGAGGCAUUCUAUCUCCUAAAUCGGGGUUUCAGGGCUGACCGGAAUUGAACGAGUUUGGAAAAUUCCACUGCAAGUGUACAAAGGAGUAGAAUUUGUUGUAGCUGGUGAUCAUAUUAUCUCAAAUGGAGUUUACUGUAGUUAAAAUGUAGCUAAAAUGUAAUCAGUUUUAUCUGAGUGCCUUGUCUCACAUCUUUUGGUUCCACUUGAAAAAUGAUGUGCGUUUCUCGUCAAGUGCUACUUCUUGUAUGUCAUCGGUAUCUAAUCGCUUUCCUUUUCCGCA